AAUCUUACACUGCAUUUUCCGGCGGUAAAAUGUCAGGCGGAGGAGAUAACGUUUUUGUGGCCAAGAUAGCCGAGCAAGCUGAGCGAUAUGAAGAAAUGGCGGAGUAUAUGAAGAAGGUUGUGGAAGAAAGGAAUGCGGCCAAGACCGAACUGACAGUUGAGGAGCGGAAUCUUCUGUCUGUUGCCUAUAAGAAUGUGAUUGGGGCUAAAAGAGCCGCAUGGCGCAUGAUAUCUUCAAUAGAGGGAAAGGCAGAAAAGGAAGGCAAAGAUGAGAAGUCCAGAAAAAUUACCAAGAACUUCAAGCAGCAAAUAGAGAAGGAGCUUGAUGAAAUUUGUGAUGAAAUUAUCAAGCUGCUUGAUGAAUGCCUUAUUCCUAAUGCUGAAAGUGGUGAAUCCAAGGUUUUCCUUAAUAAAAUGAAGGGUGAUUACUACAGGUAUCAAGCUGAAAUUGCUGGGGUAAAAGAAAUUCAAGACAAGGCAUUGGAGGCUUACAAAAAGGCAGAGGAAACAGCUAAUGAGAGUCUUCCAUCCACUCACCCAAUCCGCUUGGGCUUGGCCUUAAACUUCUCCGUAUUUUAUUAUGAGAUCUGCAAUGAGCAGGGCAAGGCCUGUGCCCUAGCAAAGAAAGCCUUUGAUAUGGCCAUUGGGGACCUGGAUACAACGAGUGAAGAGUCAUACAAGGACAGCACCUUGAUAAUGCAGCUUUUGAGGGACAACUUGACUCUGUGGACUGCUGACCUUGAAGCUCAAGGUGAUGACACCAAAGUUGAAGAUAUGGAAGCUGAUGAUGCCAAAGAGUAGUUGAUGCAGUCCAAGCUUAAGAGUGAUCAAAGGGUGUGGGACAAAUGCAGACUGUAGAAGUGCACUCAACUUAACCUAAACAGUGUUCUAGUUAACCUGAAUGGGUUAGCUUAUUUUCAGUUAGCCCUUGUACUUGUACUUAGGAAAAAAAAACAGUCUACAGGUCUAUCUACACUCUGCAUUUGUCACAGACCAUUAAUCAAUGACUUGUAUGCUUAGCUGCAUAACUGUUUUUAUAUCAUAUGGUGACAAGUGUGUACAGCAAGCUUCUCCAUUUUAUUUUAAUUAAUGCUCAUAGGCUUUGUUCUCAAAUCAUUUCUGGUAACUAUUAUGGUGUUCUGGUUUUUUUUGUUUUUAUAGAAAACAUGUAUACAGUAGUAGCUCUGGAUAGUAGCAACAUUGAACCACAUGUGUAUUGUUGGAAAUCUUUCUAAAGUUUUCUUUUUUUACCUUUUGGUCCUCCUUUGAUGGUUCGAGCAUGUUUUGUGUAAUUUUUACUUCUCAUGCAAAUUGAAUUAUUGGUUUUGUUUGCCUCCUUUGUGGUCCACUCAGCCAGGAAACACUUGGUAAAAUAGAGAUCUCUCUUUACACACUCAAAUGUUCCCCUGCUUGUAACAGACAUCAAAGAGUUGAGCCCCAAAGUUUCAUUAAUUUUUUCAGCAGAAGGGCAACUGGUUUUCACUGGCAGGCAAAACUUUUUGAACUGAAUUCUUGAGAAGAAAAACAUUCCUCUACAUGGUCAAACCAGGCCAGCAAAAUCAUCCUCACAGCCGAUUAAUUUGCCUGCUGCCCAGCCCCUAGUGAAAGUCUAUGCUGUUUCAGUUGUGUAUCUCUACAGAAAUCCAUACAGUUUCUCUCAGAUUGUGUUGAGCAAGAAAAUAUCCUCACCCUCCCCACACAGAAGGCAUUUUGGUUUAAACCCCCCCACCUCACCCCCUCUUAGAAAUAUUUCUAUGACCUUCCAUGGGGUCAGGAUCUGGAACUACCCCUAAACUACUUGCAUUACUGGCUCACAAAAAUUGAAAGCCUGGCAGCAGCUUGUUAGAAAUGGUAGACUGAUCUCAGUAGAGCUCAGAAUUGACACAGAGGUGUCUCAAACACAAGUGCAGAAGAACUGAGCGGAGGAAGAGAGAUUUCCAUUAUUUUAAAAAAAUAAAAUUUUUUUUUUUGUGUGGCCAUGGUCUUGGAAAAUGAAUGGCUGGACUCAAAGAAUCCUGGCAGCUGUAUCGAAGAAAUUUCAAACAAAUCAAUCUUGACCUGAAACUAGGAACACCUUACACCGUAAAAUCCCAUGUUAAAGCCCCCNCCCCCCUCCAGAUAUAAGCCAUUCUAUUUGCUAACAAAGAAAUUAUUCCGGAUGUAAGCUCCCCAGAUAGAGCCCAUCUAAUGUGUAAACUGAUAAUGUGAAGGCUUGUAGUUCUUUUACUUUUGUUCUGUUCUGUUCUAGUUGUUCCAGUCACAUUAGUGUUUUCUAGAUGUUUUGGAAAUAAACUCCCUGUUUAUUGUGA